UUUUGAAGAUCAUCAGUUAUUUUUUAUCUUUCUUGAAGGGCAGAACAAUGGAUGAUUAUUAUUUUGAAACGGAAUUGGACGACAGAUUAUGUAGAUCAGCUUCUGAAACAUUAGAUAACUAUAUUCGUAAUCAUGAGAUGAGGCGAACACGAGAAAUGGCAAAAUCGUUGACCUAUGAACGUAGCAAACCAUGGCUUAACAUGAGUAGGCAUGCAGAGUCACUCACGAAAGAUUUAUCGGCUCUUGACGAAGAAAUCGCUUUAGCAAAAAAGUUGUUCGGAGACGAAUCUGUAAAUCUCAGCAUUGAUGACGUAAGUCUAACAACAGAAGAAUUAUUGAUGGAACAUUCUUUUAAUCGAAGCUUCCGGACAUCUUCACCUAAGAAAGCUGAUCAAUCAGGACAUCUAAGAUAUUCUGAUUUGCAUAAUGAAUACAAAGAACCUCGCGAAAAUUCUUUUCGUCAAGCCAACAGGAGGUCUGGGUCUUCUCCGGCAGCAAGCGAUGUUUCUAAACAAAACCUGAAAUGCCUGCAAAAAUUUCUAAAGCGCGAAGAUAAGUCAGAAAACCAACACUGGUCUAAAAAUAAUGUUCACAAUACAAAAUAUUCAAGGUCUCGAAUAUCUUCAGACGACAUUCAGGGAGAACUAACAGUUUCAAUGAAUUAUCUUCCGAAAAAAAAAUUAAGCAUGAUAAAUUCUGGCGAGCAUCACCCAAAAUUUCAUGCCGAGGAAGAAAUUUGUCAAUAUGAACGUGAUGGGGAAGAAAACGAUGAAGGCCAUAUUACAGUAUCUUUACAGCUAGAAGGAAAACCAGCAAGUGUUCGAGAAUUCAUGGGGGAGUGUUUUCCUGGGAACCCUCCUCAGAGCGAGGACUCGAACGCAGGACAGAGAACUGUAGAGUCACUUAAGAAUAUGCUGUUCUCUUUGCAGGAAGCUAAAAACGAAUUAGAAAACAAAGCAAAAAGUUCAGAGGAAGACAAGGAUGCUCCUGGAUACGAAUCGCUAGAGAAGGCGAUGAAACAUCUCGUAAUUCUGAAGAAUUUGGUAAAAGAAGUUGGAAAGAAAGAUGGACAUAAAAAUCAAAAUAAACGUUGAACCGUCCUACGAAUAUAAAAUAUAUUUGAACGUUGUUUAGGUGAGACUAGAAGCGAUUGGAAGGACUUCAAAUAGAGUUUUGUACUAUAGAAUAUUUGUAUCGCAAAAAAGGAAUAUUUCAAAAGUUCAACUUAAUCACUUAAAAAGUUUAGGAAUACAUUUUCUUGUUUUAUAAUACGAAUUAAGUGAUAACUAUUUUUAAAAGUCACCGUGUUACAUGUGAUCUUGAUAUAUAUAUCA